AACAUAAUAAGCGAAUAAUCGCUUGAAAAAAUUGGGUUUGGUGACUUGAACACUCAACAAGCUCUAUACAUUUUUGAAAUGAUAGAGAAGUCUAGUUUUACAAUGCCUAAAACGGCAUUUUUUAUUUUAUAUUUAUUCUGUGGUAACUUUAUUCUUUCAGGUAAAACUGCAGAUCAAUGUCCUAAAAAUCCUCUGGCCCCGACCAAUUCCAUAUCUGGAAUGGUCGUUGGGGUAAUUGUUGGAACAGAAAAGGUCGUUAAUGGAGUAAUGUCAUACUUUUUCUACCUAGGAGUGAACUCCGUGAAUCAAGUACUCACCGUCUCAUCACAAUUUGAGGGAUACCUGUCUCAAUUGACCAUCAAGAUACAUAACUUUGCUUCAGGGCUGAUCGGCGGAGUCGGUGGUCAAUUGAAAACCAUAUAUAGUGGUUCAAGUGGAUCCAUAAGAAUUCUUUUCGAUUCUAUUAUAAAAUUAGAAAAUUCCGUUCAAUCCUUCGCAUAUAAGCAGGUUGAAAGCUUCUCGGAUAAGGUGGUUAGUGGGAAAUUAACUGGCGAGAUAACAUCCGUUAUAAAGAGUCCAUUUAGUUCAAUAGGGAGUGGAUUGAAGAAAGUUAAAUCAUCUGUGUCUAAACUUUCUUCGAACGUUGGCAGCGAAAUUAAAAAGAUGACCGACUCCGUGAAAACAUCGGGCAUCCCUAGCGAUAUAAAGGGUAUCAUAGGUGCACCCGUGAAGGGUGUGAAAGAAUUUUCGAAAGAAGCACAAUCAGUGAUACAAACCGUCAAAAAUGAGACGUCCCAGAGAUUUUCAGGUUACUCCUCGGAGUUCAAAAACGGAGGUAUUAUCGGUAAAUUUGUGGCUGCUGGCUCAGUUCCGGUUGGAGUCGGAAUGGAAAUUUGGAGUUUCGGUCUGAAAAUAUCGGAUGCGGCUGUGAAGUCGGUUUCGGUUUCUACGAAAGAUAUUGUUCAGCCUUUCUUGGGGCAAGUCCUCACCGAGCGUUUAGGUACCGUAGUGAUGCUACCUAUGCACGUGACAGAAGGGUUUUAUAAGAGUACAUUGAAUUUCUUCAGUCAGAUAGGAGGAAUUAUUUCAAAAAUAACGGGGGGAGGUAGUGUAAGCGUACAGAUAAAUAUGGUAAUGAAACAUCCUAUUGUUGUCUUGGAAAAUGUAUGGAGCACAACGAAACAGGAACUUAAAGACUUUUCUAAGGCUACUUUGGGCGAAGGAUUAACCGAACAGUUAUCAAGCACUCUAAGUUCACCGGAAAAGGCUAUAUCUAAGAUCGCUUCUUCACUGACAAGUAGUCAAAUAGGUUCCACUUUAUACUCUGUUGUGAGUACACCUAUGAUGUAUUUGGAAAAAGGAUAUUCUCAGAUAAAAAUGACAAUACGGGGAAUAACUAAAGGAAUAAUAGGUGAAAAAUUGACUUCAGAAUUAUCGAAUGUAUUGAACGCACCAGGCAAAUCCCUUUCUCAUUUCACAGCUUCUAUCACUGGCGGUGGAAGUAUAGGUCAGCAAUUAAAAAUCGUCUUGUCCCGUCCCUUACAAACUAUUGGAUUAACAUUGUCAGCACUUCAGCACAAGAUCGAAGGGACGAUAACAUCCAUAACUGGCGGUGGAAGUUUAGGAACGCAAAUUUCAACAGUUCUCACCAAACCCACAACCCUGUUUAAAAAUGUAUGGAACACAUCGAAGAAAACGAUGGGAGAUAUUUCAAACACUCUGGUGGGAAAAGGCUUAACUGACAAAAUAGGCCAAACGAUUAGCUCACCACUUUCAUCGCUAAGUAAUAUGACAGCAUCAAUUACUGGAGGAGGUAGCUUGGGCACUCAAAUAAAAUCAAUUUUCACCAAACCAGUAGAAAUUUUCCAGAAUUUAUGGGAAAAAACGAAAAGCAGCACAGAGUCUCUGAGUAAGACACUGUUGGGUGGAGGUCUCACUGGCUCCCUGGGUAAAUUGGUGAGUUCACCGGUGGCAUCUGCUUCUAAACUUUAUAAAUCGGUCUCGUCCUCGUUGAGCGGACUGUUUCAUGGAUUUGGAGCUUCGAUCAACGUUUCCACAGGAGGGAGUGCGGGAGGAGGUAUUGGAGGUGCGUUAAGCUCCUUGAUAGAAGCCCCUAUGGAUGUCUUGAAAGGAACUUUCAAAGGCGCCCAAAAAGCUGAAAAAUCCAUAAUGAGCGGCCUCAAAGGUUUCUAUGAGCACCUACCGAUAAUUGGGAAAGGGGCGUCUGUGAAAGCUAACGUGAAAUUAGGAGGAAAAGGAACCACGGUCGGCAUGAGUUUAGGAGGAGGAGCAGGAGGAGAUGGUGGAGUAAAAAAUACCCAAUUGGGUGGUCAAAAAGGUGUCAGCGCCCAAGGAAAAUUGAGCGGCGGGGCCAAAUCGAGAAGAAGAAGAAGAAUACGUUCUAUAUCAUUAUAUACAACUCAGUAGAUGUAAAACUGACAAAUAAGGGAUUCUUGUAGUUUUCUCUCGACCUGGAAAAAAGAAACAAAUACAACACAAUUUCUGGAAACAUU